AGAAAGACCUAUCUUGCCGAAACUAAAGUGGGGUGGUGGAAUCGAUACAUUGGCGUACAUUGAUCACAGUGUUUUAAAACAUACACGGACUAAAAUCGUUGUCCUGGUGGCGACAUCCAACACUAUAAGUGUGUCGUUUUGUAAACGAGAGGGAGCAUGGAUGACAAUCUUCAGCUACUAUUUGCCAUUGACGAUGAGCUGGACUCUUCAGAGGUGGCUUCCCUCAAAUUCCUCUGCAGUGACAUCCUAGGUAGAAAACCACUAGAGAAAGUAAGUGAUGGCCGUGACCUCUUCAAGCGUCUGAGUGAAAAAGGUCAGAUGGAUGACGACAUGAUGUUCCUGAAAGAACUGCUUUACACCAUCAAUCGCUAUGAUCUGCUGACGAUGAUGAAGACAACUGAGCAGGAGGUGUCCAGGUCAAUCCAAAUGAACAGUGAUUCUUAUGGUGGCCUGUCCACCUACAGGAAGAUGCUUUUUGAUAUAGCUGAUGAUAUGACGAGUGAAAAAUUGAACUCCUUCAAGUUCCUGGUGAAUCUGCCGCGAGGGAAAUUAGAGGCCUCCGCAACCAUCCUUGAUGUUCUGACAGAAAUGGAGAAGCAGCAGCGGCUUACUGAGGACAAUGUGGAGGACCUAGAACGGAUCCUCAAUGAGUGUGAUAAGGAUCUGGCUAGAAAGGUGGAAAAGUACAGGCUAAAUAAAACAGGUGAUGGCAGGUGGCAUGAACAGGGAAACAGUCCUCAUUCGGAGUCCAUGGAUCACCUGAGUAGGCCUAUUGCUGAGAUGCGUGAAGAGGACAAUCAAGACAUAUCCCGUAGUAGUCUGAGUGUGGUACCAGAUGCAGGCCCGGUGACAAAUGAUAUAAUGGAGGAAGAUUUGGAGAGUUAUAAGAUGAAUUCCCGUCCCCGUGGAUACUGUUUGAUAAUCAAUAACUACAGAUUUUCCCAUCCAGGUUAUACAGACCGAAAAGGGACAGAUAAGGAUGCAGAGGACUUGCGGAGGGUAUUUAUGAGGCUACAAUUUGUGGUAGAAGAACAAAGAGACCUGUCAGGUCAGGAUAUGAGGAUGGUUCUGGAGAAAUAUGCCAAGGAGGACCAUUCUGCUUACAACGCUCUUGUCGUCUGUGUUCUCUCCCAUGGGCUGGAGGGCAAAGUACUGGGUGUGGAUGGGGAAGAAGUGUCCAUCAAACAGCUCUACAGGCCUUUCACCCGCUGUCUUACACUGGUCGGCAAGCCCAAGCUAUUUUUCAUUCAGGCCUGCCAGGGCAAUGAAUUACAAACAGGUCACUUGUUGGAGGAUGGACCUAACCAGCAACUUGAUGACCUAUUAGAAGAGGAUGCUCUUAAUCCACUAGUUGAUCAACCGUCUGUUGCAGCUGAGGCGGAUGUGUUGAUAGGCAUGUCAACUGUAGAGGACUUUAAGUCAUUCCGUCAUACCAUGACUGGGUCCAUCUACAUCCAGGCCCUGUGCAUAGCGUUGGAAUCUGGGUGCCAAAAGAAGGAGGACCUGCACACUAUCCUCACACGUGUGAACAAUGAAGUCAGCAAAGGUGUCUUUAAUAACAGAAAACAGAUGCCUCAACAAAAAUCCACUCUGAGAAAGAAGCUGGUUUUAACUGUGAACUAGAUGAAAAACAGACUACUAAAUUAAGUUGGCGUGCAAUAUUGUCGUCCCUCCCGAGACUUUUUUUUUUUUUAAUUAAUUAAUUAGGGAGAACAUGUUGAAGACCUGUCGAGCAAAGCUUGUUUUCAUCAGCAAAUGAAAUAUUUCUCAUUAAGGACACAAGACUUUUGUGCUGACUAUUUCCUCUACUUUUGGGAUUCACUUGCUGUCUUCGACUCUAAACCUCUGCUGUGUCUGACAUGCACUUCUUGACACUGCUUCAAACUCCAUCUGCCAAUUGACAGUUUACUAUGUUUUUUUUUAAUUGUGUGGAAAAAACUGAAUGAAUACAAAUGAAAAGUGUGGCUUUAGAUUGUAAAAUACCUUUUCAUAAUAAUUUGUAUAGAAUGAACUCUUCAGGGAUAUAAUAACAUUGUAAGGUAAUUAGGUAGAGAGACAAUAAAUGAGACACAGUGGUAGAAUAUAUAAAUCUUUCUUUAAGAACUGUUCUUUUUUUUCACUUUUUGUCAUGUUACAUACAGUACAUUUGUUUCCUUUGUUUCACUUAAUCCUAUACAAUGCAAUAAAAAAAAAACAAUCUAUAUUUUCAAAAAUAUA